AUGUUUCCACUUCGCAUCCUGAGAAGGCGCCGAGUUCUAUAUGUUGCCGUCCUGGUACUCUUUCUUCUUGGAUGUUUAGCAACCUUCAAAGUGAUUUCAUCAUCUGAGAAGAGUAGGGAUGUCUCGCCAAAAGCAUUGAAUCCACGAGAACGUGAAGAAGAUCUGAAGCUGAAAAUAUCUGACGAUGCAUUGCCUUCGGAAACCAAUCAAAUGAAUCAAGAAGUUAACCAUGAUGAGGGCGAUAAGGAAACAAUGGAAAUGAAUCAUAUAAAUCAUGCGACAGAAGAAAAACCUAACACUCCAAACAAAGAACAUUUACUCCAGGAAGAUUUGCUUCCUGAACCUAACUACAAUAUACACAUAUUUUAUUAUGCGUGGUAUGGAAACCCAGAGCAUGACGGAAAAUACGUUCAUUGGAAUCACAGAUUCCUUCCUCAUUGGAAUCCUGAUAUAGCUAAGCGUUAUAGAAAAGGUUCUCAUACCCCUCCUGAUGACAUUGGUUCCAAUUUCUAUCCUGCAUUAGGCCCUUACAGUUCAAAAGACCCAGCUGUAAUCGCAGACCACAUGAGACAAAUGAGAACUGCUGGGGUAGGGGUGGUUGUUCUCUCAUGGUACCCCCCUGGUAAAGCAGACAAUGAAGGGAUCCCUAGUGAUAGUCUAGUACCUACACUCUUAGAUGCAGCAGAUAAGUACAAGCUUAAAGUGACUUUACACAUAGAGCCUUACAAAGAUAGGAAUGAUAAAACACUUCACGAUGAUGUCAAAUACAUCAUUGACACUUAUGGUAAACAUAAAGCUUUCUAUAAAUACAUGGUACAAGAUGGGAGAGAUUUACCCAUGUUGUAUAUCUAUGACUCUUAUCAUACCCCAGCAGAAUCAUGGGCACAGUUGCUGACACCUGAAGGAUUGCACUCAGUACGUAACACAAAAUAUGACUGUAUAUUUAUUGCUCUGAUGGUUGAAAUGAACCACAGAAAGUACAUAGACAUUGGUGGGUUUGAUGGUAUUUAUACAUACUUUGCAACUGACAAAUUUACAUAUGGAUCAACUUGGAGAUCCUGGCCUCAACUCAAAUCUGUUUCUGAGCAAACUAAAAGCUUAUUUAUUCCAAGUGUAGGACCAGGGUACAUAGAUACUGGAGUGCGGCCUUGGAAUAGUGAAAACACUCGACCAAGGAACAAUGGAAAUUACUACAAAAACAGCUGGAAAGCGGCCUUGCAGACUAAACCUCAAAUUGUCUCAAUCACCUCAUUUAAUGAGUGGCACGAAGGAACACAAAUUGAGGAAGCUAUUCCAAGAUCUCAAGAUGGACUGGUAUACAAAGAUUAUAAACCCAAUCCACCUGACUUUUACCUUGAAUUGACCAAAGAGUAUGUAAAAAAGUUUGCUGCAAUGCAAAAUUAA